GUCCACGGCCAUGGGGGUGACCCUCGGAGCCCUGGGCGCGGCAUCCCUGGUGGGCUCCACGGCAUUCGUGGCCCCUGGGGCGCCCGCCGCCGCACCUUCGCUCAGGGGCACGGCACCGCCGUCCCGCGAGGGAGUCAGCGGAGUGCAGGCCGCUGCGGCCACGGCGGUCGCCACUGCCGCUUUGGCCAUGGGAUCCUCGGCUCGUGGGCGCGGAGGGAUCAUCGCCCGCAUGGCAGAG